AGUAGUAGGUUAUUCUUUAAUAUCAUAGUAAUAUAUCAAAUUAGGCAAACUAUAUUCAACAUAUAUUUUAGGUUUUAUCAAUUCUUGGGGUUUUUAAAACAUCACAGGUUUUUCCUGCUUUACCAUUUCUGACGAUGGCUGCCUGGUGCAUCAGUCUGGUCUUAGGUUAUCUCUUCACGUGCUCAUUUACUGGAUCUCACAGAUGUGUGUGAGAAGCACCAAAAUAUGGCGCUAUCAUUUUCAGCCAAUGGGCUGGCCGUUUGUAACAGGUUGCAGCUGGCGUCACUGGUGUGGCGGGAACGCGCAUUCAAAACGGGAAAGAGGUUGAGAAAGCAUCGGGAUCGCGCUCAUCUGUUUGGCUGGCAAAUGCCUCUGGUGUAACAGGCCGAUCAUUAUGGGGGACUCAGGACCCCGAGACGGGAUGGACCCUGACCGACCGACCGCUGCGCACAGCUCAUCGAGGCGGUUUAUACCGGGAUAAAAACAUUUUGUGUGUCCAAUAAUAAACAGCCAGUCAGUGAGCUGCAGAGGAGGCGGUGUUUGCUGGGAUUCAAUCAGAGCCAGAGUCGCGGCUCGUAGGUUAACGAGGAGAGAGGCACGUGAGGAAACUGGGAAGACAGCAGUUUGCAAUCUAACUGGAUCCAGCUCGGAAUUGCGAGAAUGAUGGAUGAAUUGUCGAUUACAAACCGGUCCGGUCAGCCCAACCCUGUCAGAGCAGGGUGGGUUCAUCCGGAGUGAAAUCAGUCGGCUUAUCUGUUGGCUUCUCCGCCGCCGGGCGGCGAUGUCCGCUUUCUGCCUAGACCUGCAGACGUCUGCCGUGGUUUCAGCACCACUGGAGCUGGACAGCGACUGCAUGGAGCCCCGGGCCAGUCCCGCCGCUCAGGAGCCCGGCGGCUUUCAGGGUCACCCGCUGCGGCACGCCGGCUCCGGAGGCCUCGGCAUGGCCUUGGAGGAAGAACUGGCCAUGCUUACCGGGGAGCGGGACGACGAGGAGGAGCUGUCGGACCUAGAGACGCCUGCGGUGGGGCAUAACGUAGACUUGCUGUCGCUCUUCCGUCAAAAGGAAAAAGACUUGGUUUUAGCUGCUAAACUCGGCAAAGCGCUGCUGGAGAGAAACCAAGACUUGACCAAGCAAUAUGAGAAAAUGCACAAAGAUCUCAACGAGAGAUUAGAGCACUUGGAGCAGGAGAAGCAUGAGUUGCGUCGGCGACUGGAAAGUCGAGAGGGGGAGUGGGAGGGCCGUGUGGCCGAGCUGGAGACGGACGUCCAGCAGCUGCAGGGUGAGCUGGAGCGCCACCAGGUCCAGCUGAGAGAGGCUGACAGAGACAAGACCAAGGCCAUCAGCGAGCUCUCUGAACAGAACCAUAGACUGCUGGAGCAACUCAGUAGGGCUGCAGAGGUGGAGAGGCAGCUGUCCACUCAGGUCCAUUCAUUACGGGACGACUUCAGGGAGAAGAGUAUGUCUACAAGCCAGCACAUGACACGACUAGAGACUCUACAGGCUGAGCAAGGGCUAGAAAUUAAGAUGCUGUCGGAGAGGAAGAUGGAGCUGGAACGUCGGGUGCACGCUAUGCUGGAGGAGAAUGAGCUCCUGCAGAAUACAGUGGACGACCUCAGAGAAAGAACGCUGGUGUUUGAGAGGCAGUGUCACGAGAAGGACCUACAGUUACGGCAGAGCCAGCUGGAGCUCCAGGAGGUUCAGGUGUCUCACAGGCAGCUGACUGCUCGACUGGAGGAGUUGACGGAGGAGCACAGCCUCCAAAGCCUCACCCCGCACCCGUCCAGUCUGCUGUGUGAGAUAGAACAGAGCAUGGAGCAGGAGGAGCAGGAGCAGGAGAGAGAGCAGCUGCGUCUUCAGCUAUGGGAGGCCUACUGUGAAGUUCGCUCUCUCUGCUCCCAUCUCCGGGGAAACGACGUCACAGACUCUGCGCUGUCCACUGACUCUUCCAUGGACGAGUCCUCGGAGACGUCCUCAGCCAAGGAUGUGCCUACUGGGAGCCUCCACACCAGCCUGCUAGAGCUACGGAGGCUAACACAGAAUCUGCUGGAUGGUAACGAGUCCACGGGCUCACGGCGCAGUGAUGAGGAGGCUCUGGAGGAGCAGGUGAGGAAGCUGGGAGAGGAGCUGAGGGAGGUCAGAGAGCUGUACGAAGCUGAGCAGGACAAAACGCGCAGCAAUGAUGAGGAGGUGCUACAGCUGCACAAUCAGAUGGCGCUGCUUUCUGUAGAGAUGAGCUCUCUCCGGGAGGAGAACGAGCGUAUGAAGACGAUGGCUGAAAUCCGAGAACCCAGCGAGCAGCUCCAGAGUGCUAUCAGAGACAGAGACGACGCCAUAGCCAAGAAGAAAGCGGUGGAGAUGGAGCUGGCCAAGUGUAAAAUAGACAUCAUGUCUCUGAAUAGCCAGCUCCUGGACGCCAUCCAACAGAAGCUCAACCUGUCGCAGCAACUGGAGGCUUGGCAGGAUGAUAUGCACAGAGUGAUUGACCAGCAGUUGAUGGACAAGUACCAGGACGAGUGGCGCUCGGCCCCUUCCUCCCUUUCGGGGUCGUCGAGAGCCCACAGUGGUCAGUCCUCCAGACGAGCUCACCGCAUCUCUGACCGGGACAAGAGACUUUUCUCUUUUUUCAAAAAGAGCUGAGCCCCAUUGGACUGGCCCUGAGCACAGCAGACAGACAGACAGACGAGGCGAGGGAGAAGGAGGGGGUGACAUCACAGUACAGGGGUAACAACACAGCCAAAGACGGGCAGUCGCACACACUGAGGUUUGGGGGGGUCAUUUUGCACUUUAUCUGUCCCAUUACACUUCUCCUCGCUGACUAAUUGGUGACUGCUGACAAUGAGAGAUAGAAAUAUAAGAAUAGGACUUCCCCAGAGGCUUUGGCUUCAGCCCCUCUCAUAGAAAGUUAUCGGUCAUACAGAACAUGAACAGGGUCACAAAGUUUACCUCCAAAGAGGAAGGUUUCCUUGUAGUGCCUACGACCAUCUCUACUAGCCCACUGCCAACAUUGUAGAGGGAACACUAUAUACAAACUGUUACUGUAUGCAUCCCAGUUAUCAGGCCAGGGAGUCUGGGGAAAGACUGGUUGUAUGGGACACUGCAGGAUUGUGGGAAAAGAUGAGGAUAGCAGGACAGAGUUGUACAUCAGAAUAUGAUGAGACAUAGCAGGAUGAUGAGCGUCCUCCGGGUAGAGAGCAUUGAUGCUGCAGCCAGCCCAUAUCUGAUCUCUCAGGUUUAUUCAUUUGUUCAGGGGAUGUUCACAACAUGAGGCAGCUUGAUGUAUCAGGCCCGUGGUGUGCUGUACAUCUGACAAAACAAAUGAUAAAUAAGAAUGCUUAUUUUCAUAUUGACAGCCGUGCAGGUUUUUAAUUUUACAAUGAGGAUUUACCAUGUUUUAAUGCCCCAGGCCCAAACUUCCAAUCAAAGUGAAAGAAAGAAAACCUUUAAAGGGGUACUCCAGUGAUUUAGCAUAGCAUUGUCAUAAAGUUUGGGGACUCGCAAUAGAUGCAUUAAAGCUGCACUAAUCAAUAUAUGUAAUAUUUGUAUACAAACAAUGGAUCAAAUAAUUAGGUGUAAUGUGAAAGGGGUCAAACUCACAGAGAAUUAUCACUCAGCUCAAUUGAGCGUUUUAGCCUUUUUUAGCUCAUUGUUUUGGUUUUUACGGCCCGCACCUUUCCUGUUUUGAUUCAGUCUCACUGCUCUCUUCAACCCUGUUUUCAGCAGCAAGCAGCUGUCUGAUAAACUGUACCUGCUCAGCAACAAACGGCAGACAAAGUUAGCAUCUAGCUGAGUGAAGCAUUUAGCCGCUAAAGAGCCAGCUAUUUCCCGCGGGAGUUGGAUAGAGACCAAAACAGAGCUAAAAGAAGACUGAAUAUUGGCCUUGAUAUGAUUUAAAUGAUUGCUAAUGUUGCACCAUGCCUGCUGGAUGUGUAAACAGUUGUUUUCUAACAUUUGCUAAACAACUUUAAAAGGUGAUAAUAUGCCUAUGCUUUGUUUCCAGCUAUUUCCAUUAGCAAAAAAAAUCAGUGCAGCUUGAAAAAAAUGCAUAUUCAAAUUCAAAGCAGCAGAUGCCGAGAUAUCCUGACUUUUAGUUCCCAAAUCAAGUUCCAAAAACACUGGAUCCUACAUUUCCCAUAAUGCAACCAAUACUAUUUUCAUUAGACUCUUCUUGCCUAGUAAAGUCUACGUCUUUAACCUUCCACAAUCCCACUUUGUAACACAGGUUUUUUUGAUAUACAUAUGUAGUUUCCAAGCCCAAGUUGACAUAAUUUACAAAGCUCCUCCAGAGCCACACAAGACAUUAAACAACUGGUCUUACAGGCUGAGAGGUUCUCCCAUGACUGCUAAAUUUCAUGAGCAAAAUCAGUCAAAUUCCCCUUUAAAAUUUUACUCCUGUUUGCCCCUAAAAGUAAUGACACAUAUCACCAUGGUUAGGUUUUAUGUACCAAACUGAAGUAAAACAGAAUCAGCUCGAGCAGGACAAGAGGAUCCUUAAAUUGAGUGGGCCUAUGUCACGUCUGUGGUGAACUCUAUGAGGCCUUCAUGUUCAUCUCCGACAUCUGAAUAAACCUUUGGGUGAUUGAAGUUAGCGAUAUCAUUUGUCCAGGUGGUAUGAUAUGUCCACAGUUCACGUUAUAUUUAAUAUUUAAAACAUUUUAAAUUUUUCAAAGAAAAAGGCGCUGUCCAGCAUUGUCCUCAUGAUGUCAAUCAUCUUCCUAGUUGACCAAAUUUUCAAAAUGUUUACAUCAGCUUGGGAAGGAGGAAGAACUACGUAGAUUGCUCAUCAACUCUCCAGGUCAAUCCAUCCAGCUCAACUAUAACCUGUUGAAUUUCCUAUCAUUAAAAAGCAUGUCGGUGUACAGAAACUCCACUAAACUUCCUCUGCAGUGGUCAACAUCUGAGCUGCUUUGGUUCAACACUAAUAGAAAAGGUCUACCUCCAUUCUCAUUGCUUCAAUACUUCAUGGGCACUUUAAUUUCUUAGCUGCCGGGCUUCCGUUUUAUGUGACAUAUCUGUGACUCCAUUGGUGAUACAGCACGUGUUGACCUGAAAUCUCCGAGCAUUAAUGACAGUGUGGCACAGUGAUGUCUCAUGUCUGUCUGUGUUUGUACUCAUGUCUAAUGCAACUGUGCAAACCUAUGCAGGUGUCUUCUUGUCAUCUCAGCUGGUUGUUGGGAAGGAUCAACCCAAAGAAUGAUUUUUAUAAAAAGUCGAAUAGGUUUGGAUGAAAUCGAUAUAUUUAUAAGAAAAAAUGCAUACCUUUUGAAUGAAAAUCUUUUUUUAGAGAGAAAUAUACCCGUACAUUGUUAUUUCUAGGCUGUUUUUUCAUGUGUGUCCUAACCGUGAGCAGGAAUUCCACUGGUGAGUUGAACAUUAUCACUCAUAUGUAUAAUUAUUUGACUGUUUGGGUGUGGCAUGCAGUAGAGCUGGCCAGAGAUUCAUGUGUACUUCUAAGUUUCACCCAAAUUAUUCACCUAUAUAGUGUAAUUUCCCGGAGAGACCCCAAGAAGCCUCAUGAAUCUGCAAAUUAAUCCAAGAGUGCCCCUUAAAUUGCAAAUUCAGUUGACAGUUCUUGGUACCACUUCCUGAAAAGUCACUCUUUCUAAACAGUUUAUAAACUGUAAUUCAUUCUUUUUUUAAUUGUUAAAAAAUAGUUUCCUAAUGCUUUAUAGAUUAGUUAUAAGACAUUAAUUAGAAAAACCUUUGGGUUGCCAGGUUGUGAAAAAUCUUUCUGUCUGUUGAGUCACUGAUAGGGUCAAGUCAUUAAAGGAAUAGUUCGACAUUUUAGGGAAUACUUAUUUGUGCUUAUUUGCCUUCUAACAGAGAGUUAGAUGAGAAGAUCAAAACCACUCUCAAGUCUGUCUGUUAAAUACAAGGCUACAGCCAGCAGCCAGGUAGCUUAGCUUAGUACAAAGAUCCUCUCAUCAAACUCUCCAUCAGAAAGCGAAUAAAGGUAUUCCCCAAAAUGUUGAACUAUUCCUUUAAUAAUUAAUAAAGGGCAUUAAACGUUAAGUCUGCAGUUAUAAACGUUAAUAAAUCAUUGAUAAAGAGUCAAGAGCUUCUCACUUUCUAAUAAACCAACAGCGAAAGUCAGUAAGUCAUCUGUAAAUAUAAAUGUCAAUAACUCAUUAAUUACAAUAGGCUAGACAAAAGUAUGCAUUUGUAAAUAAAUUGUUUUAAUAGAUUAAUUUUGGUCUAAAUACUCUGAAGCCCUUUCCCAGGAGGUCAGAGGUCAAACGAUUAAUUGGAUGAGUCUUCCUGAUGAGUUAAAGAGCUAAAAAGACAAAUCAAGUGUCCUUCUGAGAGGGGAUAAACACCAGCCAUAGAGAUUUUCACAACUUGGAAGCCCAAAAUGUGCAUUCUUUUUUAUUUAACCAGGAAAGCCUCAUUUAGAUUAAUAAUCUCUUUUUCAAGAGUGUCCUGGCCAAGACAGGCAGCACUAACGAGUAACAGAGAAACAAGAUGACACACAAACAAUAUGCCACAAAAUCAGAAUUAAACAGAAAUGUGAUGCAAUUUCUUCCUAAAAUCAACCUAAAUGGCGCUAAAUAACCAAGACCAAUCCAAAACAAUAACGCCAUCAAGAUUCCAAAAUACCUCAAAACAUCAGCAGCCAGAAGAGAGAGCGUGCAGUUUCUGCAGCAAUGAUUUGAAUUCACAAAGAGAGCUCAUUUUGUAAUUUUAGAUUUAAGUGCAGAAGGUUCCGGGCAUUAGUUAAUGGUUUAUUAACUAUUAAUACAGCCAUUAAAAACUCUGUAUUAAGGGUGCCUUAUUAGAAAGUUCUUUCACUGCUCCUGUAUGAAGGGACGUGAUCAGAAACGGAAAAUAGAAACAUGUUCCUCCUCCAGGCAGAAAUAAAUGGAAAGUGUGAAAGUGGGUGGAUUCAAAAACUGAACCUUCACAUCCAUGUGUUUGAAGUUUUGGACUCCCUUCCAUUGGCUGAUUGACAGGUGAGGGAAAGAACCUCAGCUGCCUGCAGCAAGCUUGGAUUAAACAUCAGUCACUCCUGCCAUAUCCACAAUUAAUUUGUAAUUUGUCUCACUUCAUGUCACAUUUUAGUUAGAAAAACAAUAUGCUGUAAGAUAUUCGGUUCUGUCCACAUUAUGUCCUAAUUGCUGUUUCUGUUUCUUGUUUGACUGUUUGUAUUGUUCAAGACUGUCGCUCCGACACUGUAGACUGUACUGAUUAAUUUUCCAAUCGGAAGCAUUUUUAAAACGACGCCUGCUGCGUGUUUCUGUGGUAAACAUCCUGAUGCUGCCGCUGUGGGUCGAGUGUGUUGCAGUGACAGACAGACAUGCCAUUGAGUGUGUUUUCUGUUACUUGUCUCCACUUGGUCAGAUUUUGUUUUGGAAUUUAGUGCUAUCGGUGGGCUCAUUGUGCUCCGUGUGAGUGCGUCCAAUCACCACUGACUAACGGCACUGUUUCAGUUACAGAAUGCUUCAAACUAUUCAAACUAUUUAUCAUGCAAUUUUCUUAGCAUUUUGGGGAUUUUUUUGUAUAAAUAAAUACUUUACAAUCU